AUGGACGAGUACUCAGAAGAACAUCUUCAUCAAUCCAAGCAACACUUGAUCAUCACCGUUUCGAUCAUGUUUAUAGUACUGGAAGUGGUAUGCGUGGUCCUGCGCUUUACUUCCAAGUUUGUUGAACGGCUGAAGUUCGGCUGGGAUGAUGCUCUUAUGGUUGUGGGCCUUAUUCUCUGCAUUGCUGAUGCGAGCUGCACAAUAGCUGCUGUAAUAUACGGUGGCAUCGGCCUGCAUCAAAAAAUCGUCCGCCAGAUUGAUCCCGAGAUGCUGGUGACGGCGACCAAGUUCCUCAUCACCACUCCGCUCCUAUACUUUGCCACCGUCGUACCCCCAAAAAUGGCCAUCUUACACCUCUACCUGAGCAUUUUCACUCACAAAACGCUCCGAAAGAUAUGCUUCGGCACCGGAGCAGUCAUCGUUGUCAAUUGGCUUGUUGUCACUAUCGCAGGUCUCGUAUCUUGUCGGCCGCUCAGCUAUUACUGGACUUCGCAAGGAAGCUGCAUUGACAUCAAUGUAUGGCUGCGUUGGGGAGGAUUUGCGCACAUCUUGACGGAUGUUGUCAUGUUGAUUCUGCCGAUGCCAGUGGUGUGGAACCUGCACGCCUCGAGUCGCCUUAAACUGGGUAUUUGGGUUACGUUUCUCAUGGGUAGUGUGGGCAUGGUCUCUUCCAUCAUCCGAUUCCGGGAAUUCUACGUGACUGACGUGCAAGGGGAUGUGACCUGGGCGGCCUCGACUCUGGUUAUCUGGGCUGAAAUCGAGGGUGGAAUCUACCUCAUAGCAGCGUGUUUGCCAACAUAUCGCCCGUUAACGAAGCUCCUCUGGCGUCGCGUUCUCAGGAAGCGCAGCCAGACGGGCGAAUCACUGCAUACGGGAACGGGCCACAGGGCGAGUCAACUGCGACCGGGGCUUACUUCCACACACAAUGAGUCGAAGUUCCCAUGGAUGGAAGCCUCGAGAAGUGAGGAAGAUGUUUUGCGAAUGGUGACCUUGGGCAGUCGUUCAGGUGCGGAUAUCAAGCCGGGGCAAAUUGUGGUGGAGCAUCACUUCUCGGUGCAUUGA